AUGUGGGUAGGAGAAUCCAAUGCGGGUAGAAACCGAUGCGGGUGGGAGAAUGGAAAAACUGUUGCAAGACUGUUACAAAAAGGCGAAGAGCGAGGUUUCCCAGGAAUGUUGGGAAGUCUUGACUGUAUGCAUUGGGAAUGGAAAAACUGUCCAACAGCAUGGGCGGGACAAUACUCAGGACGUCACGGAGGCCCAACCAUUAUUCUUGAGGCAGUAGCAUCGUAUGACCUAUGGAUAUGGCAUGCAUUCUUUGGCUUGCCAGGUUCUAAUAACGAUAUUAAUGUAUUACAAGCAUCUAAUUUGUUUGACAACCUAACGCAAGGUAUUACUCCUCCUGCUCAUUAUACAAUUCAAGGAAAGAAUUAUGAUGUCGGUUAUUAUUUAGCCGAUGGCAUAUACCCAAAAUGGCCAACCCUUGUUCAAACAAUUUCCAAAUCCGAAGAUAAAAAGAAACAAUAUUUUGCAAUGAUGCAAGAAGCUUGUCGAAAAGAUGUGGAGCGAGCGUUUGGUGUUCUCCAGUCAAGAUUUGCUAUAAUCAAGGGACCUGCACGGUUUUGGGAUAAACGAACUUUGCAUGAUAUCAUGACCACUUGCAUAAUAAUGCACAAUAUGAUUAUUGAGGAUGAACGUGAUGAGCAAGAAGAUAUUAUCGUUUCUACUCCACCAUCAAUUUCAAAUGUUGAAGACAUAGGGAUGAACGAUGCUGAACGGUUCCGACAAUUCCUGACCCGACAUAAGAAAUUCAAAGACAAAGAAGCACACUUCGCACUUCGAAAUGCAUUAAUUGAACAUUUGUGGGAGAGACACGGCAAUGAAGUGAUUUUAAGCUCCAAUGUAUUAUCAUUUCUAAUUACUUGUCUUGCAAUUUUAUAUAAAUUUGGAGAGAAAUCUCCAAAUUUGCAGCCUCAGGAUCCGAAAAUGCAGUUGACUGCAAAAAAUGCAGUUCCGUUGGACCUUGAUGCGGCUUCAAAAUGGAGAAUUGGCGGACGCUUGGAGAAGCUCUAA